UGAAGACUUUUAGCUUGUAACUUGCAUUUGUGGAGCUCCCAGCCGGCAGACACCAGCUCUCCCUCCCGCGGGAGAACCCCCGGGGUCCAGCAGCACCACUCCAGUGUUUCAGGGGCAGGUUGGGAGGGCAGGGGGCAUGGGGUGAUCCCUGGGGCCAUCCUCUUCCCCACGUCCCUUUCUCCUUUUCUCUCUCUCUCCUUUUGCUUGUUUGGGGGCUCGUGCUAACGCUCUUCCAGGAGGGAUCUGGGAUCCAGCCAUCCAGGCUGCAUGGACUGGCUUCUCACCUGCUCACAGCCUUGAGGAAUUUCCCUGUCCAUCCCGGGCGCUGAGAGAGGAAAGGCAGGAGGUGGCUUGGAGCUGCCGAGCCCUGGCCUGUUAAGCUUCCCUUUUACCUUUCCCAGGAUUUGGGGUCACGCCCAGGCCAUGAAUGGAUCUGUUUUCAACCAGACUCUCCUGGAGCAGGCAGCUGACCCCAACAGGACUCAGGACUUGCAGAUGCUUAUGGCCUGCUGCAAUGGGACCAGCACAGUGCUGGCAGCUGAUGGCGGCUCCUUGGUCCUGGCACCCGACGAGAGGAGCCUUUUCAUCACGAGGGUGGUGCAAAUUGCUGUCCUCUGCGUCCUCUCCUUGACUGUGAUGUUUGGCAUCUUCUUUUUGGGCUGCAACUUGCUUAUCAAGUCGGAGAGCAUGAUUAACUUCCUGGUGAAGGACCGAAGACCUUCCAAGGAUGUGGGUGCUGCAAUCAUGGGACUUUACUGAAGCCACCGGGCUCUUGUAGGCAAGUGAACUGUCUGGACCUGGUGUUGAGAUGCAUAUUCCCAUGUAUUUGGGGCAACUGGAAGGAGGGGAGGGGGUCUUUUAUUCUGUCUAUGUCCAUGAAGAAGCAAACCUGCUCUUCCCAGCCAACAAACUGUGGUGGUGAAUAGGGAAACCACCCCAGAGCUGUGUGAAGCACAGUAAAUGACCAGCAUUGUGUUGCAUGCAGAAACAGCUUAAGUUUUGCAUGAAACUUGCAGAAACAGUGAUAAUGUGGAGAUCUGGACUCUUUACUGCUGUUACCUUGGAUACGGCUACCUGGGAUUUAGGGCUUAAAAAAAAGGCAAAUAAGUCGUUACAAAAA